AUGCCAGUUGCCGCCACCAACUCUGAGUCUGCCAUGCAGCAAGUCCUGGACAACCUGGGAUCCCUCCCCAAUGCCACGGGGGCAGCCGAACUGGACCUGAUCUUCCUUCGAGGCAUUAUGGAAAGUCCUAUAGUGAGAUCCCUGGCCAAGGUAGACAUGCCUGUGCUUUGGAAUCUCCAGAAUCUCCUGUUUGUUCUUAGGAGAUUCAUGCCGAAGUACUUUGAGGCCCAUGAGCGGCUGGAGGAGACGAAGCUGGAGGCCGUGCGGGACAACAACGUGGAGCUGGUGCAGGAGAUCCUGCGGGACCUGGCGCAGCUGGCCGAGCGGAGCAGCACGGCGGCUGAGCUGGCCCGCAUCCUCCAGGAGCCCCACUUCCAGUCCCUCCUGGAGACGCACGACUCUGUGGCCUCAAAGACCUAUGAGACACCACCCCCCAGCCCUGGCCUGGACCCCACGUUCAGCAACCAGCCCUUGCCUCCUGAUGCGGUGCGCAUGGUGGGCAUCCGCAAGACGGCUGGAGAGCAUCUGGGUGUGACAUUCCGCGUGGAGGGUGGCGAGUUGGUGAUCGCACGCAUUCUGCACGGGGGCAUGGUGGCUCAGCAAGGCCUACUACAUGUGGGCGACAUCAUCAAGGAGGUGAACGGGCAGCCGGUGGGCAGCGACCCCCGCGCGCUGCAGGAGCUCCUGCGCAACUCCAGCGGCAGCGUUAUCCUCAAGAUCCUGCCCAGCUACCAGGAGCCCCAUCUGCCCCGCCAGGUAUUUGUGAAAUGCCACUUUGACUAUGACCCAGCCAGAGACAGCCUUAUCCCCUGCAAGGAAGCCGGCCUGCGCUUCAAUGCUGGGGACCUGCUUCAGAUUGUAAACCAGGACGACGCCAACUGGUGGCAGGCGUGCCACGUAGAAGGGGGCAGCGCUGGGCUCAUCCCCAGUCAGCUACUGGAGGAGAAGCGGAAAGCCUUUGUCAAGCGGGACCUGGAGCUGACACCCACCUCAGGGACCCUGUGCGGCAGCAUUUCAGGAAAGAAAAAGAAGCGAAUGAUGUACUUGACCACCAAGAAUGCAGAGUUUGACCGCCAUGAGUUGCUCAUUUAUGAGGAGGUGGCCCGCAUGCCCCCCUUCCGCCGGAAAACCCUGGUGCUGAUCGGGGCUCAGGGUGUGGGCCGGCGCAGCCUGAAGAACAAACUCAUCAUGUGGGAUCCGGAUCGCUAUGGCACCACAGUGCCCUACACGUCCCGGAGGCCCAAGGACUCAGAACGGGAAGGCCAGGGUUACAGCUUUGUGUCCCGUGCGGAGAUGGAGGCUGACAUCCGUGCUGGGCGAUACCUGGAACAUGGUGAAUACGAGGGCAACUUGUAUGGCACACGUAUCGACUCCAUCCGGGGCGUGGUCGCUGCCGGCCGGGUGUGUGUGCUGGAUGUCAACCCCCAGGCAGUGAAGGUCCUGAGAACAGCUGAGUUUGUCCCUUAUGUGGUGUUCAUCGAGGCCCCUGACUUUGAGACCCUGCGAGCCAUGAACCGGACGGCGCUGGAGAGUGGGGUGUCCACCAAACAGCUCACGGAGGCGGACCUGAGACGGACAGUGGAGGAGAGCAGCCGCAUCCAGAGGGGCUACGGGCAUUACUUCGACCUCAGUCUGGUCAAUAGCAACCUGGAGAGGACCUUCCGUGAACUCCAGGCCGCCUUGGAGAAGCUGCGCACGGAGCCCCAGUGGGUGCCCGUCAGCUGGGUGUACUGAGCCUGUUCUCCUGGACCUCGGCCCUCUGGGUUGUGACCCAGAACCCUGAAUCCGUCCUCUUCCCAACCGUGAGCCCCAGCCAUGAUC